CAGCGCAUGUUAGCGCAUGAUAUGUGGCAGCACUUUAAUGUAUAUAUACGGUGGUGUACAGAUCGGUGUACAUUAGUGUUAAUCAGUGUGUACGAAUAAAACGAAAUUAACGCUAGAAUAUUUUCCAAAGUGUUGAAGAAUUUCGAUCGAGAACUUUUGGAGAAAAAGUUGUAUGUAAGUACUUCUGAUUUUCAGAUCAUGGAAUAUAAUAAAAAUCGAUUAUAUUCGGAUAGACAUAUCCGUCGUCUCGUUGAAAAGAAAACAAAUUCGGAUUUGCAACGAAUUUUCAAUGAAACAAUAUCGGAAAGAGAACCUUGCCUUCGUCAAGUGUGCAAUGAUAUGUACAUUACAACGACCAAAUAGAUACAUAGAUAGGUACAUAAAAAAAUGUAUACUGUUGUCGAGUUUGAGGACGGUAUCAUGGCAGUGCCAAGUGCAUGGGUUGAUACUAAAGAGCUUACAUGCAAAUGGCCUCCAUAUUCAGAUGUUGCCAUUGAGAAAGCAAUUAUUGAUAUUGAUGAAGUUACCGAAGACUGGGACACGUUGUCUAUUAUUAGAGUAUUUGGAAAAUCAGUUCGUAAUUUGGAAACUGCGAAAGAAAAAGCGCGUUUGGCUGAAAUGGUAUCCGACUGCGACAACGAGGAAGUUUUGAAAAAAAGUAGACACGAGAGAAAAAGAAAAGCAGUCGAUUCUACGAAUGAAGACAGUGAUGAGAAUUCACAAGACCCUAAAAAAAUAAGCAAAAAUAAAUCGUUAUAUAAGUCGAAAAUACCGUCAACUUUAUUAUCAUUGAAUGCUAGACAAAAUGUUUCCAACAAAAAACUUUUAACUACUAUAAAUGAUGGAGAAACAUAUAAACAAUCAAAAGAUUGUACAAAAGAAAAUAAGAAGGAAAUCCCUUCUACAUUGAAGACUUCCAUUUUGCCACGAAAUUCAUUUUCUUAUUGUGAUAUUAACAGUGUAAAUGAUGAUUUUGGUGAUACAAACAAUGACAUCCCCACGCCAAGACAAAGCGAUGUUGUAAAAACGUUUGAAAAAAGUGUUCGUGUUACUAAUACUCAUGAUAUAACUACCAAAAUACCAAAUAACGACAUUAAUGAAAAACUUAAUUAUUUAAUUGGUUUAGAAGAAGAAAAUGUCAAGAAAAAUAAUGCUAUCUUGCAAGAAAUGAAAGAGAUUCGAAAAGUAAUGAUUAACUUACGUCCGAAAACAUACAAUGACCCUACCGUACAGUCUGUAGAAGAAUCUGUAAUUAAAGAAACAAAUUUGAAUGACUUUUUUCCGCUCAAUGACAAUAAUGCGCUAGAGGCACUGGAAGAGAAAUUGGAAAAUAGAGUGUUCCAGAAGGAUGUGAUGAGAUUGUUAACCAAAAGAGGAGGGCGAAGUGCAUAUGAACUUGCAACCAAUAUUUUAGCGAAGGUAUUCACAAACAGUUUUGCUGCACAAUAUAGUUAUUAUGGAAAACAGAAAAAGAAGCCUUUAUCCGAAUUAAAAAUCACCAAAUGUAUUAUUGAGGCAGUUUCACAUUCUUACCAAGACAUUAAAGAACACGAUGUGGAAAAAAAAAUAGGCAAUUGGUUAGCAAAUGCUCCAACACGAGUUUUGAGAGAAAGAAUAAAGAAAGAAGUAGAAGCUAAUAAAAAUAAAGAAAAUGUUAACCAAGAUGAAGAGGAAUUAGAUUCUCCGUAAAAUAAUAUAUAUAUACAUUUAUAUUUUUCUAUAUUUUUUUAUAUACAU